AAAAUUUGGCUUUUGAACCUGAUUUUUCAGCUGUUUUUCUUUAGUAACAACAUACUUUGAGAUGCUAAAAAGAAAAGUUCAAAGCCACCUUGGAAAAAAAGGCUCUGAAGAGACACCUUUUAAAGUAAAGAAACAGACCCUGGCUUCUGAGACCGAAGAUGACGAAGCUGAGAGAACUUUGGAAAGACUAGUGUUUGGAGGUGAAGGCGAUGUGAUUAAAGAAAUUGAGAAGGACUUGGCCGAAGAUCGAGUUGCUUUUAGUUCAAAUGACGAGGUGAAAAUAACAUCUUAUUUAUUGUGGAUAUGUGCUAUUAAUGUCAAUUGUUGCAUGUGGCUUACUCAGUAUCAUACACAUUAAAUUAAAGGUUAUAUAUAGCCUUGAAAUUCCCACUCUAGAAGUGUCAAUGCUGAUUAUCGUUAUAGAAAUGUGAAAAUCGACACGCAAAGGCUUGCCUUGAGUGGACAUUUUUUUAGGCAAUGAUAUAGCCUUGCGGCACUCGGUAAAAGAAUCUACAUCUUACGUUUGCUCUUUGUUUAACGAGCUGGGAUGCCUUACGAACGUGCUUGUCAACCUACCAAAUGUACAUGUAUUGAAAAUAACACUUAUAUUAACAAGGAUGAUGACGAUGACGAAGAUCAAAGUGACAGUGACAGUGAUGAUGAUGAUGAUGAUGAUGAUGAUGAUGAUGAUAAUGAACUCCACUAUAUUACUAAAAAGAAUGAUAAAGAAAUCACCAAGGAGCGAAAGCCAGUGUGGGAAGAUGAAGCUGAUGAUGAAGAGAGGUACUGUGGGAGUAUGUUAAAUAAUAAUGGCAAUAAUUGUUGAUUAAAGGGCCACUUUUGGAAGUGCUUCACUGAAUGAAUUGCAUGGCUUGGUGGCUGCAUUUAAUCAAAUUCAAAUGGAUGCAACUACUGGGCAGCUGAUGAGCUAUCAAGCCAUCAAAAUGUUUUAUCUUUCAUGUUCUUUAAGCAUCAAGUCUUACUUACAAGCUGAUGAGUCACUGAGCCAUCGAAAUGUAGACCUUGCUCAUUCUUUGAGAACAAAGUUAAGUCCCUCUUUUCUCUUUCACACUUAGUAGAAGGAUUCAUGUAUUUCAUGUUUUUUAGUACAUUGCAUUCAGAGUAAUGUAACUAUACUUUUCACUGACAGGCCAUUGGGCCAUUCUAGUCAUACUGAGUGAGAAAGGGGCCUGUUUGCUAUGUACUUGCUCCAUAAAAAUAUUUCCCUCAACUUUUAAAUCUUGGCUUAAAAUACAUACAAGAUGUCGUGUUCCCAGCAUGGCAGACACGGGGUGCAGCGUAACUGGGUCCGCCAGGUCAACCACAGUGGAGUACAGGACGGACAGCAGACUCUUACACACGUUUAUUGGACUAAAUCAUGUAAUCAGGCUAGCUGACUUGUUACAACACUUGCAGUGAAAACUAAAAGGAAUGCACGAUCUGUCUAAGCUAAGGAAACGAGCUAAACUACAAAUCUGACGACAGAAAACACAACUAACGAUCGUGACUUACGUCUGAUCUUGGCUCCGGGAAUGAACUCCAAGUUGUAAAAAAACUCUGAAAGACUCUUAUAAAACUCCUCUUUGCUCCAGGGACAACUCCUUAAAACUAAAAUGUUUGUUUGAAAAAAGGCCUAAUAUACUUCUAUGACGUAAAGGAAACUAAACUGAAAUAACUGUUUGUGUGGCUAGCCAAAAGGAUAUUUUAUAAUCACACAAUCAAAACGAAACAAGGCUACAUUUUAAGAAAACAAAAGGUCAUAUAAUGUUCAAAAGCAUUCUUUGUACAGCGACAUGACACAAGAUAUCUAAAUGUGGUCCUUAGAUUGGUUCAAUGUUGUUCAAUAGAGUGUACCAUCAGUAUCUUAUUUUAUCAUUGCUUACUGUUUUGUAGAAUCGAGAUCACAUCAAUGUCACGUUUAAAAAAGCUACGGGAAACUGAAGAUGAGACAGUUAUUACAGGGAAAAAAUAUACUCAAAAGCUGAAACAACAGUAAGUUGAUUUUUUUAGUUAACUGAGUUUUCUAGUUAACUUAUAGUCUAAACUAUCCACAAUUUUUUAUUCUCCAUACUCUUACUAGUGUUAGGAGUGACAAUUUUCUUUUUUUAACUAAAUGAAGCUACAAGUUAGUGCUGAAAGGUUUCAAUACUUGACAACCAUCUGUUUUACUCCAAACAUAGGUUUCAGAAAAUAUAUGGUGAUGCAAGUUGGGCAGACCUGGACAAAAAGAAGAGGAAAGGUAUUAUGAAAGAGCUCUUACGAUGUGUUAUUAUUUUGAUAGAGUUUUGAAAUUAUCCACAAGAUAAUGGUUAAUUUUUUUGUUUUAUACUUUGUAUCAAAGAUUCUCUUAGCGAAGAUGAAGAGGAAGACUUGAUACUACAGCGAGCAGGAAAUCUUCUGACUAAAAAAGCAAAUAAUCUUCCCCAUGGUAUUCUUGACAUCAAAAGAAUCAAAGAUGCAAAUAUUGAAAAACCGUCAAAUGUAAGUGAAAUAUGAAACAUUCAAAUGCACCUUUGAUGUUGAAUUGAUGUAUUAAUGUGAUGUUUAAUUUUUGUUUGUUGUCAGGUGUCACAAUAUUUAUUUCAUUGUAUGUGUAUUAGAUACACAGACUGUUGGCUACCCUUUCCUCCACCUUAGAAUCAGAGUUUGUUGUUGUUUUAUAAUUAUUAUACUAAAAAAACUUACUAAUCCAGAUAGCUAAUAAAAAAUUAAUACAGAUUUAAGACAAGAACUUGUUACUUAAGCUAGCCAACACCACAUGCUGAUAGGCAAUCUGGACCAAACCUAAAAUGCUGAUCAUCAUACACAGUGUGGCAUUUUCUGUAUAACAUAUCAGGCCCCUUUUGUCUCUUAACAGGCAACUUUACAGUGUGUGGAAUUCCACCCAAGUGCCAAGGUUCUUCUCACUGCAGGCUUCAACAAAACACUAGAUCUUUUCCAGGUAAACAAUUUUGUAUUUCAUUUUUGUCUGUCAGGUUAUUAAAUUUAUUUUUCGAAGACAAGUAUUGUGCCUGGGUAUUCAAACCACUCACUUCCAAAGUUUCAGCUCAAAGCUAAAGUUUCAGGAGUGAUUCUUUAUCUUGAACAGACAACAAUUUAAUUGUCCAAUUUUCCAGAGGCACUGAGAGAGUUCUUGAAUUGGAGUUGAACCCUUUAACUGGAGUUGGGAAUGUUGACCUCUGUACAUCCACCUCUCUUAGUCAUUCUCCCAAAUGAAGCAAAAAAAUUUUAAAAAAAACCUCUUUUUUACAGUGUUUAAUCAGGUUUUACUUCAUUUGUAUAGACACGUAUACAGUUUUGCUCACACACAUAUAAUACAAUGUUUUUAUGUCAUCAUCAGAUAGAUGGACAGACAAAUCCAAAACUUCAGAGUGUAUUUCUUGAAAGGUUUCCCAUUCACACAGCUCACUUCAGUUCAGAUGGUGAACAGGUUAUCUUGGCCUCACAGAGAAGGUCAUUUUAUGUCUAUGACAUGAUCAAGGGAGAAGUGAUAAAAAUUCCUGAAAUAAGAGGUAUUGAUGAUUUGUCAUAUACAACCAUUGGCUUAGUAUUUAUUUCACAAAGGUUUUUAAGACUGUGAAACUACAAAUCAAGUCAAAUUCAGGUGAGAUUUUUAUCAGCAAGUAUACAAAUUUUUUUCGUGAAAAUGUUGUGCAAUAAAUGGAAGGUCUUAUUGUGCAUAUUUGAUUUGUUCUUUGCAGGUAGAGAGGAGAGAUAUUUUGAUAAAUUUCAUGUUUCACCAGAUGGGAAACAUCUUAUUUUUCUUGGUACCAAUGGCUACAUAAUUCUUCUUUCAAGCAAGGUAAGUCUCCUUCCGUACAAUCAAUCUACAUGUAUGAGGUCAGCUAAGGCACCAUGACCAAUCACAAAGACUUUACCAAAAAUUAAUAAAUUUGUCAUAAGAGUUCCUGUCAUUAUAUGAUGGAUGUCCUCCCUCAGCCCCUGUACAUAUGCUUUUGGUUUGUUGAAGAUCAUUUUGUGUUGUAUCAGGAUGAAACUUUCUUUUGAUGAGACUGUUUUUUCUCGUAUCUUGUUUGCUUUUGAAUUUGUGAGAAGUUACAUAAGUAUUUAUUUACUAAAAUCUGUUGGAAUUCAGGGGUGUAGGACUAUAAGCAUCACUAUGUGAAUUUUAGGAAAAUCUGUGGAAAAGAACUUCAGGACAUAUCUGAUUACUCCUUUAUUGGUGACUUACUUGCUGUUUACAUUGUAAAUUUUGCUUCAUUUUUUAUUUAGACAAAACAGUGGAUUGGAAACUUGAAGAUGAAUGGCUCAGUGCAGUCAGUAGCUUUUAAUGCUGAUGGAUCUCGUAUGUUUACAGCAGGAGGUAGUUCCCGUGUAGUUAUUGUCUCCAUCAAUGUACAUUUACAUGUAUGUGAUAAUGCAUAUUUCCCUAAACUGAUGAUUUCUCCUCAUUCAUUUGCACAGAUGAUGGAGAAGUGUAUAUUUGGGACAUGAACACUCGUAGCUGUGUGCAUAAGUUCAGAGACGAAGGGUGUCUCAACUCCACCUCACUGGCAGCAUCCAGAGAUGGACAGUACUUAGCUUGCGGGUGGGUGUGCAUAUUAAUCACAGGUCAAAUAUUAUAUGAUUUGUUUUGUGUUCUAUUUGAGACUAAGUUCCACUUUGGGGAACCAAGAACUCAAAGGAAUUUGCCUGGUUCCAAAACAUAAGGCUUUGUAGUCUAGUGGGUAGUAGCACCCAACGAUUAUCAGGGAGGCAUGGGUACAAGCCUUGUCAAGGCCUUCUCCAUUGCAUAUGCAUGUGCUUAAAACAAAUUGGCUGUUGAUCACCAUUGAUGCAAGGCAAACCUGUACUUUUUUCUAUUGCAGAUCUGAUAGCGGUGUUGUAAACAUCUAUGACAAUCAACGUUUAGAUCAGACGCAACCAAAGCCAUUAAAGGCCAUCAUGAAUUUGACUACAAGCAUCAACAACGUUGCUUUUAAUUCUACAAGGUAAGUUUUCAGCAUUUCAACCACUUUGAUCAAGAAUUGCAUCUGUUUGUCCUGAGCAGAAACUCCAACUUAAUAGUUUGCAGUAAAAUGACAAUCUGAAUUCUAAGGAAACAUAUUAAUCACCUGUGACAGGAAAGGGCACAAAAAAAAAUUCGAACUUCAGACCCUUCCCGUCAAAAAGUAACACUCUAUGCUACCUUUUUUUUUUCACCAAAUUUACUCAUAUUUUCCUUCAUGUACUAUAUUAAUCAUUUCCUGCUUUUAUAUACGCAGCGAGAUCUUGGCGAUGUCUUCAAGAGCGAGAAAAGAUUUGUUUAAAAUGGUAACUACUUUUUCGUAUAACGCCGUAGAGAAGUAUGUUAUAGAAUUCAAGAAAAAACGUAUGGAAGAGAUCAAGAUUUAAAAAGGUGGAAAGAUUUCUAGAAAUCUUCAUCUUACAAGGCGUAAAAAGUUAAUCAAUUAACUGAAAAUUUAGCGUAAAUUUCAAAACACAGAUUCCGUCACAGUGCAGCAUCCUUGGAAACAUUUUGAGGCAUGAAAAGCAAAAGAUAGUCUGUUGGCGGAAAAUUUUUAUCAGUUACUUUUUUUGCUUUUCUUUGUUGUUUUUCAGGUUCAUCUUCCUUCACUUUCCGUUUUCUCCAACUGGCCCACGUCCCGUACUUCACUCAGAUACGUAAAUGCAUUCGACUUUUCUCCAAACAGUGGAUAUCUUUCCAUCGGUAACGACAGAGGCAAAGCGUUACUGUACAGGUAUCAUUAC